AUUGUUACCCAACGUUGAUGGCCGCAGCGCAGCGCCACCAAAGGUUUCGGUUGACGGUUGUGUUAUCACGAUUUUUACUUUUUAUCAUCGUCAAUUUGUGUCACUUGUAAUUUUCAUGCAUUUGUUCGCAAUUCGUCUGUCAGUUAGCAGUUAGCCAGUUAUCUCUUCGUUUACCUAUCACGAAUUUUAGAUACAUUUCACCCCAAUUCAAUGGAAUGCCAAACUCUUAGUUUCCCGGUCUUGUAAGUAAACUUCUAAACUAGUGGGAAAAGUGGAUGCAAACAAGUACCUAAGGGAGUUUCAGACUGGAGCUGGAUAUUAAAGCCACAUUUAUGCGAAAUUCUAGCAAAUUAAGCUUUCAAAACUGUAGUUGAUGACAUCUGUAGACAAUGAUUGAAGUCAUGAAUAGAGCAUGAUUCCAUAAAGUUGUGUAUGUGAUCAUCUGGGCGAUGCCAAUUGUUGAAUCUAUUCAUUGCACCAAAACAGUGAUCCUGAUUACUUAGUUGUGCUGCGUUGUCUCAAGAAUUAUCCAGCUCACCUGCAGAAUGAGCAACAUUAAGGACGAAUUGAACGAUUAUUUGCUCCAGAAUGGCUCUGGACAGAAAAGCUCCUUCAAUACAUCUUUUUCAAUGCCUCAAAUAGGACCAUGGUUUAAAAAGUCUGAAGUGAUCGAGGAUUCAGAAGGAUGGUUUGCUACAUACAGGAGGAAUGACUGCUGUCCUACUUUAAGUCGAUUGCAGCGACUUAUUGGAUUCUUUGUCUGUCUCUGUAUUGGUGGAAUUUGCUUCUUUGUAGCUCUGAUGCUUAUUCCAGUCCUACUGCUCAAAGCUCGCAAAUUUGCUCUACUGUUCAGUCUAGGAAGUCUAUUUUUCUUAUUUAGUUUUUCAUUUCUGUGGGGUCCACUGGCCCAUCUGCAAGGUCUGUGUGCCAGAGACAGACUACCAUUCUCCGCAGCCUAUGUGAGUACACUGUUGGCUACUCUCUACGGGGCUCUCUGGCUACAAAGUGCUGCUUUCACAGUCUUAAUGGCUGUUCUCCAAUUAAUUGCCUUAGUUUGGUUCCUAUUCACAGCUAUUCCUGGCGGUCAGUCAGGGUUGUCCUUCAUGACAAGACUGUUUUCAUCUGCUGUCACGCGGAGUGUCUCAAGAACUUUACCAGUGUGACCUGCUUAGAAGAAAACGAAGAAAUGUGAUCAUGUACAUAAAGUUUUCUUCCAUGAGCUGGUGGGUGCAAUUUUGUUUUAAUGUUCCUAUUUUUUGCCCUUUGAUUUUCUUCCUAAACUCAUAGGUUUAUGGACUUAUAUUUUUUAAAAGUUUGAAAAUACCUAGAACGACCUAAAACAAAUUUGUCUCUCAAAAUUUGAAUAAGAGACUCAUCAAUGUUGUUAUGUGAAUACAUGUAUUACUUUUCAGUGAAGCUAUCAAAUGGUAUAGAUUUGGAAUAAAUCAGAAUUAUUUCCGUCCCAGCAUGUGAUGAGUGAAUUAAACUUGUGUUUCUUACCAGUAAUUUUUGUUUAUAUUCCAAGGAGAAAUUAAGAUACAAAUGAGGAUACUUCCAAUUUUAGUAAAAUAAUGUUUACAUUUGAAUAAGAUUUUAUAAAGUGCGCCAUAAUUUCCAACACCACUGUAAAUUCAGAUAGCCAGAGCAUGGAAAAGAUAAGGAGGGGAAAAAAUUAAAAUAAGAGCAGACAAUGUGCAUCUAUGUUUGAGGUACAUCACCAGUAGAAGUAACACAGAAAAAAGUAAACAUUUUUCCAAGUGCUUGAUGUUUACUUUAAAAAAUCCUGAGCCCUCUUCUUCAAAAUAGCCAGGAUUCGAGCCAAGUAUUUUAAGACAUUUUUAUAGUGAGAUAAAAGGUCUGCCAUCUUGAAUCUUGUCUUCUCAGUGCAUGAUCUUGUGUUUUCAAUACCAAAAUGUGAAUAGCUGAUCCUCUAGCGCACUCUGAAAGUGCAGCAGCUUUCUUAUGCGAGGCCUCUAAUUCUGAGUGUUAAUGCAGACUUAUCGUUAAAAUCCAAGGUACACUUUACUACAGGUAUGGACAAAGGGGGUGCCGAAGUGGCAGCGCUGAGAAUAUACGCUAUCGAGUGACGUUGCAAGUCGUGCCAUCUUUAGUCAGGUUCUGUCAGAUCCUGGUAGUUUCAAUAAGCUAUCAGAUGAAUUUAAAAAAUUGAUAAAACUCCAAAUAAUGAAAAGCUUAACUAAGAACACGAAAAAAUAACACGAAAUUGAUGAGACCCACUCUCAGAACAGAAAAUAAACAAGUUUCCACUAUGGCAUCGCAUUCGUACCAUUGGACGCUGUCAAAUCCAAGCGUUUCGAUGAUUUUUUAAAAUUCCAUUUGUCUAUACCUGUAGUAGAGUGUACCUUGGUUAAAAUCGGGUGACAAAAUUCUUGGACAUCAAUGCAGCAAUUCUUCUGGUCUAACAAAUGUAGACCACUCUCAAGAGGAAAAUAUUAAUAUGACAAAAGGAGUUUCGUAGUUUCUAUUCUCUCUAAAUGAAAUACCUGACUGAUGAUUAAAUGUUCAGCUGCUCAUUGUCUAUGAUGCACUAGUAUUACUGAAAGUAGAAGAAGAACAAAUACUUACUAGGUAUUACUGAUCUCUCAGACAAAGUAUUGUCGGAUUCCAGCAUUUUAGCUUAAGUCACAAAUAUUGCAAAAAUGUAUGGAAGCAUUCAAGUCCCCUUGUCUCCCAAAUUUGUCCGUGCUUACAUUGGGUUGCAGUCUCAUUGUUGCAUUUUUGGACUAUUUAAAGUGAAUUAGAGUAUUUUUUCAAUUAGUAUUGGUAUUGGAUUUGUUUCUAUUUAUACAUUUUUUGAGUUUACAUUGACUGCUUUGACAAAGGUGACCUAAAAGUGGUUACUUGUCUGAAAAGUCUGUAAUUAAAUAUUUGGUAGUGAGAAAAUACUGGAUGAAGAAAAGCUAGGCAUUGAAAAUGUUAAUCUAGCAGCAGAGGUUUUGUCUGUUGCCAUAGUCCUGUAUUUGCAUAUGUAUGUAGGACCAUUUAGAAAAAGGACACAAAUGGAUGGCCAAAGUGCGAAAUCAUGUAUUUCCGUUUGUGACAUUGCAGUUUCUUUUCGCUUUUAAUUUUUUUUAGGGAAAAAUAAACAACAAAAUUUCUUGAAAGCUACCUUGGUUUUUCUUCUGUGCUAGCAGAAUAAUUAAUAUGAGUUUUAAGCCGUCAAGGCUUGUUUCUCCUUUAAGAUAUAAAGUAGGAGUUGAAAUUUUGAAGCACCGCAAGGGAGAUACAUGGUUUUGCACUUAAAUAUGCUGAGAUUUUGCAGAUUUCCAUGUUUCUUUGUCAAUUAGAGGCUUUUAAUUUUAUUUGUUUGUUCUCUAAAAAAUUCUAAUUUUAUGAGGUAAUUUUUUCAAAUAUUCUGUGCAUGGUGAAGCAAAAUUUAAUUGGAGUAGGAAAGUUGCACAAUCUUCGCAACUUUAGAUGAACAUGCUCCCUUUUUCCAAAAGAUCCUUCAUAUAAUGAGAACUUGAAAGUUCACUAUUGAUCGGCAAGACUGACACAUUUUUCUGGAGAAUCCAAUUUAAAUAAAAUAAUUUUCAUAAAACUCGUGAUUGGUAGUGAGUCAAAAUUAUGGCUGCAAACGAAUCUACUCAUAUAACACUUGCAUUCAUUAUAAUAUUGGCUCGAUUCUUUUUUUUUCUUUUUUUUUCUUUUUUUAUAUGGAACUAAAAAUAUCACUAUAACUUGAAUUUUCCAUAGAAGGAUAGCAAAUAGAAGCUCAUCAAAAUAACAUAUCAGUUUUUAGUAAAUUUUUCAUCACUUGCUCUUCGUGAUUUAUGCUUGAGCUUGGCAGGAGGUGAGUCACCGUCUACCUGCAAAAUUAACUUGUAAGCUUUGUGAUAUGUUUACUAUCGGUAUAUUUUGUAGUUAUUUAUUUGGGUAAUUAUUUUGUAACUUAUUUAAGUUUAUUAAUAAACACUAGAAAGUAAAAAGAAAACAAAA